AUGCGCCUCGUCUGGUACGCUGGGGCCUCGACGGCCCUCGCGGCCUCGGUGGUGGUCUCCGCCUUCCACCAGCGAUCGAAUUUCUACUCUGCGAUGGUUCACCUGUCGCAAAGUAAUCUAUGCUUGAUGAUCAUCAUCAACCUCAUCUAUCUGGUGUACGGCUCCUUCAUGUACUGUCUACAGCGGGUAUGCUUCGGUCAGCUCCGCCCGGUCGAGAUUGAGCAGCUCUACGAGAAGGCCUGGUUCGCCGUGACGGAGACCUGCCUGGCAAUGACCAUCUUCCGCGGCCAAUUCGGCGUCUUCUUCCUCGUCAUGUUCACAUCGCUCGUUACCGGGAAGGUCUGGGGGUGGAUCGGCGAGGGGAGGAUAGAGAUCCUGGAGCAGCAGCCGCCGUCGAACCCGCGACUGUUCCACACGAGGCUGAGCAUAUCGCUCAUUCUGAGCCUUAUCUACGACGUCGCCCUGCUGCACUAUUCCGUCUCGACGGUCAUCCAGCAAGCGCGACCGGACAUGAUGGUCAUGUUCCUCUUCGAGUUUGCGAUCCUGACCGUGUCGUCGGCACACACUGGUUUACGAUACAUCCUCUCCUUGAUGGAGGCGAGCAUCGUCAAGAAGCAGACACAACAGCGCCUGGAGGACCGGCGACGACAGAUCCGAGAAUCAAACAGGGAGAUACUGCGGCGAAGAGAGGCCGGUGAGGCGACCGAGGCUGAGAUGGAAGAGCCCUUGCCGAGCGAGGACGACGUGGACGAGAUGGAUAUCGAAGUUCCCGGUUGGGAAGCCAAGGGCCAAUGGGUCCUUUCCUUGGACCUUUGGUCAGAUUUCCUCAAGCUCUGCAUAUAUGGCGCUUUCUUCACUGUCCUUCUCAUCUUCUACGGUCUUCCCAUUCAUAUUAUGAGGGACCUCUUCCUGACUACGCGGUCUUUCAUUAAGCGUCUAGGCGCCCUGAUGCGUUACCGACAAGCGGUCAGAGAUAUGAACAAGUAUCCGGAUGCUACCGAGGAGGAGCUAUCGCGAGAGAACACGUGCAUAAUAUGCCGUGAGGAGAUGCACAUCUGGAACCCCAAUGACGCCACGCAAGUGGAGAGGUCACGUCCGAAGAAACUCCCAUGCGGACAUAUCCUGCAUUUUGGUUGUCUGAAGAGCUGGCUUGAGAGACAACAAGUUUGCCCCACCUGCCGCCGAUCUGUGGCCAUGGAUGGCCCGCAGGGUGCGGCCCGCAAUCGCGACGCCAUGAUGUUCCGGGUCGGCCUCAACUUCCCGGCAGGACAAAACCAAGCACAACCGCCAGCUAAUGGUGCUGCUCCCGGCGCGCAAAACAACGCUCCACAGGCUCCCCAGGCUGGCAACGGGGUCCGAAUGAUCAAUCUGGGCCCACUCCGCCUGGGUUUCGCUCAAGGUGGUGUCGAGGACAUUCAGAACAUGGCCCAGAGGCUUGGAAUGCCCCAAGACGUUGCCAACGGUGCAGCUGCCCCCCCUGCAGCCACACCACAACCUCAAGGGCAGGCGGCAUCUCUCGACGUCACUCCGGACGCUAUCUUUGCCCAGCUCCGGGAGAUUGAGCAGCGGAUACAACGGCAAACGCUAUCACUGCGUCUGGCGGAGCAGGAGACGGCGACGCUUCGGCUUUUACUUCUCGAGUUGCAGCGCAUCCGGCAAAUACAGACCGCCCUCGACGGAUCUGCUGCUGGCACUAACAACACAGCUGCUCCCGCCGGAGCUGCAGCCGUACCACAUGCCCCCGGCCUGCCCACCAUGAUGCCUCCACCUUUUAUUCCUGGUGUCCCCCAGCCUCCGUCAGCCUACACGCAAUUUCUGCCGAGGGUUAACUCUCCAUCGGUCACACGCCUUGGCGUUGAGGCAAAUGCUCAGGCUAUCCCUUCAGGCAGUGCCGAACUCCCCGAAGGGGUCAGCAUUCCGGCCGGCUGGACUCUGAUGCCGCUUCAACGCCUCGAUGCACACGCCACUAACUCUGGAAGUUCAUCAACUGCGAAUAGCCAAGCGCACCCUGGAGCAAACGCUACGUCAUCUGGCUCUGCCGUAGGCACUACAAGUCAGGCUUCUGCAUCAGCACCCGAAGUCAGCAACUUGGAGGCCGCACAGAAUGGCCACCGGCCAGUUAGUACGGGCGCUUCGGGUCAGGAAUCUACGGCCGCAUCGGCGGGAUUCUCGUUCAACACACCCCGGGAGCCGGUGCAGAUGGCGCAACCCACCCCCGUCCUGCCGAAUUGGGGCGGACGUGCCCAACUGUUUUCAAACGAGACUGGACACUUGCCUUUUGGCGUACAACAGAAUGGGGCAGACUCGUCCACACCUGGUACUCGUGAUCGUUCGGUUGAUUCGCAAGCGAGGUCAGAGGCGCCAAAGGCGGCAGACUCGCCUGCUGUUCACGCACCGCCGGAGGAAGGAUCAAGUAAUGAAGGAUCCAGCAGUGAGGACAAGGGCAAGGGAAAAGCUCGAUCCGUCACGGUGGAGGAGGCAGAGGAUGAGGAUGCUUGA